CAGGAAUUAAAGGGUGUAACUUUUGAAUGUUGGAAGUAUAACUAAUGACGCAAUUCUUCGAACGCGACCCCCUUGCCGUGCUACUUAAUGACAUUUGAGGCGUUUGGAGCAGCGAUGAUCAAACCAGCUCUUCUAUCACUCGGAUGCCUGUUUCUGCUGUUCAGUCUGUCUCCGUGUGAAGGUCAGUCUCAGUUGAUUGGUCCUCCUCAGCCAAUAGUGGCGAUAGUUGGUGAUGACAUCGUCCUGCCGUGCCACCUGGACCCUGCUGUGGACGCUUUUGACAUGAUAGUGGAGUGGACGAGACCUGACCUGGACCACAGACUUGUCCUUCUAUGGCGUCACGGUUGGGAGCUUGAGCAUAAAAACCAUCUGUCCUAUGAGGGCAGAACGUCUCUGUUCAUGGAAAAACUGAAGAACGGAGACGUUUCACUGAAACUCUCUGAAGUGAAACUCUCUGAUGAAGGAAAAUACAGAUGCUUCAUUCCUUCACUGGACAGAGAAUCUAUAGUUGAGCUUGUUGUUGGUGCUGCCUCCUCUCCUGUCAUCAUCAUGCACAAUAGCAGCAGUGGAGUGGUUUUAGAGUGUGAAAGUAAAGGCUGGUACCCAGAGCCUGAGCUGUUUUGGCUGGACGCUGAGGGAAAGCUCCUCUCUGCUGGAGCUCCAGAGACAGUCAGAGGUCCUGAUGGCCUCUAUACUGUCAGCAGCAGAGUGACUGUGGAGAAGAGCCACAACAACAGCUUCACC